CCAAGAGAUUGAGCCGAAAGAACUACGUGUACUUGCUAUGUACUGUGCGAAGUUUUUACGUAUUGACUCAUAAUUACAUAAAAACCGUCAAAAGAAUGGCAAGAAAGGCAAGUACUCAUGCGCUACGCGCACAUCCGGUAGCUAUGCGCAGUGGCAGGACCGCGACUGCCUGCUCUGCGACAACCUGCUGCAGAAGUUAUACGACCACAUCAACACAACAUCCGUCUUUAUCCUCGUCAUCCUCGGCGAACUACUUUCAGAACCAUCUUCCGACUUCUUCCUCCUCUUCCACCACUAAUACACAUUACACUUCGUCUUCGCACCCAAAAAUAGCGUCGUCUCCCUCUUCCAGCAGCAGCUCGUUUUCCUGUUCUAGUAGCAGCUCGUCUUUUCCGAAUUUGACGGUGCAAGCCGGCAAGGGGAAGUUCGAAGGUCUACGUCGCAGUUUUGCCAGGGAUCUGAAAGCCGGAGAGUAUGCCUCCACUAAAUUCCGGAAUGCUAAACAUGCUCUAGAGAUAGGGUUUAAAGCCCAUCUGGACCUUCAAUUGCCUCCAGAGCAUCUAGUGUACAAGCGUGUAACUCUCUUUUUCUUGCGUGUAGCAAAGGCGAAGAAAGAGCUCGGGAAUGAUGAUCAUUCGCUCUACUCCUCCUCUUCUUCCACUAAGUCUAUGUCUGGAUAUUUUGCCGCGAAGCGCGUAGAGCAUGAGGUGAAAUCUAUGCGGAUACAGACUAGAGAUUGGGCGUCACUGUUUCAGCUUUUCACCAAGGCACAUGUGUCUGAUCAGGAACUAGCACAUUUUUUCAGGGAUGAGGUGUUUUUGCCUGAAGAACAAGAGCAUCAUGUGUCCGAUGCCGAUGAAGAACAAGGAUCAUACGAAAGUACAGCACCUUCUUGGGUCACAAAACUAAUGAAGCCGAAGGAGUUGCGCGGAACAGGCGGAUCACCAGGGACUAGAAAAGGAAGUCCUCUACCCCUGGCAUGGGACUUGAAAGAACUUGGCGCUAUCGGGAACUACUAUUUUAUGGCUGUAGUGAAGCUGAUUCAUCCUUGCCUGCAUCCUUGAAGUUGAAACGUAUGAGGUAGUAAGUAUCACCAGGGAAAAAUAUUGCUUGCCCAUACUUUUCAGGGAUGCCCUUGGAGAUGAGUUACAGACAGUUGUUCUAAGCAUUCCUUGCACGUUUCGCCAGAGGAAAGUCGAGAAAUUUUCUUGCACAUCGACAAGGAACUUUCUCGGUUGCAUUCUACAACAAGCUCCGGAGGUGUCGCCUGCCCAUUCGGACUGUCUUCUCUCUGUAGAGCCUAUGCACGAGUGAAUUUUAGAUCACCAGUUUUGGAAAAAUUGUUGUUGGAGGAUGGGAAGAGGUACUUGACGUCAUCGAGGAGUGACAGUGAACCCGCUGAUUCCGACCACAUCAACAUACCUGCAGGGGAGUGCAAGCCUGAGGACCUGAGUAAUUUCUGCUUGUUUUUCAAUCAGAUGGGAGAGAAGAUCCAGCAUGCUUUUUUGGCGGGUCCUACUGUUGAUGAGGAAGGCCAGGAGAAGGCUCUAGUCGCGCAUCAACAGAAAGACAAAAGAGAAGCGCCUCUACAGAUUACAGAGACAGAGCAAGCCCUUGCCGAUGCUUGUCUGCGUCGCAAAAACGACUUCACACUAGAGGGGCUAGCAAAUGUCGUGCUUUUCUGUGCACGCAGGAGGCUCUUCUGGACGGAGAUGGUGAAAGAUAGCCUGCAGAAUAGCUUUCCACGGGAAGCAUCAGCGUCAACGAAGUCAUCAAUGGUGAAGUCAACGAUGGCAAAAUCCACAUCGAAACAAGGUGGUACUAUGACCAUGACGAUGGCCAGUAUAUGCAAAUUCGUAGAAGCAGCUUCGAUUAUGAAACAUACGGGCUUAUCGUUUUGGCAUGCUGUGGGGAGAUCGAUUAUCUCAGGCUCUUUGGGUCCUGGUGGAGGGAGUUUGCGAAGCCACACGAACAUCUCUCGUACCGAAGCUGUGUUUCUCCUGAAGGCACACACCCGUUGUGGGAUACGUUGUGCGUCUCUAUUCCGGUAUUUGAUCAGAGUGAUCGUUCCCAUUCAGGCAAGCGCAGCUCCGAGUUGUCAGCAUGUUAAUCUGAAUAGAAAUCAAACACAAACGCGGCAAGAAUCUCUGCAAGGAGCACUCGACCACACUAAAAAGAUGUUAUCUUUCUUCGAUACUAUGGCUCUACUACAAGCUGCACAAACAUUGCAUAUAUCUUUGGAGAAGGACGUUUUUUCUUUGCUCCCACGAUCGUUUGGGAGUAGAGAAAAAGAUGCGAUUGUAGUAGAAGCUAUUGAAAGGUUACGAGGUGAAAAAUGAAGGUCAAACUUUCUUUGCAAUUGCAAUCCUCGGAAGGUGCUUUUCUAAAAGUGUCAGAAGCGCGUCUUCGGCUACGCUCAUCGCAUCCUUCGUUUAUUAUUUCAAACAUCCUGCAGCAUCAAAAAAGGAAAUUUCCGUGAUUACGGAAACCCUUAUUUCAAUUCCUUCACAUCUGUCAUAGCGUUUUCUGGUGUUGUCGCAGUGUCGGUGGCUAUCAUGAUGCCAG